AUGGCAGCCGCGGAGAAAUCAGUCUUGGGGCCAUUGGUGGGGGCCGUAGACCAGGGGACCAGCUCCACGCGCUUUUUGGUUUUUAAUUCCCAAACAGCGGAACUCCUUAGUCAUCACCAGGUAGAAAUAAAGCAAGAAUUUCCAAGAGAAGGAUGGGUGGAACAAGACCCUAAGGAAAUUCUACAGUCUGUCUACGAGUGUAUAGAGAAAACAUGUGAGAAGCUCGGGCGGCUCAGUAUUGAUGUCUCCAACAUCAAGGCUAUUGGUGUCAGCAACCAGAGGGAAACCACUGUCGUCUGGGACAAGUUAACUGGAGAGCCCCUCUACAAUGCUGUGGUGUGGCUUGAUCUGAGGACCCAGUCUACUGUCGAGGCUCUCAGGAAGAGAACUCCAGGAAAUAACAACUUUGUCAAGUCCAAGACAGGCCUUCCACUUAGUACUUACUUCAGCGCAAUGAAACUCCGUUGGCUCCUGGACAAUGUAAGGAGAGUUCAAAAGGCUGUGGAAGACAAUAGAGCUCUUUUCGGGACCAUCGAUUCAUGGCUUAUCUGGAGUUUGACAGGAGGAGUCAACGGGGGUGUUCACUGUACUGAUGUCACCAAUGCAAGUAGGACGAUGCUUUUCAACAUUCAUUCUUUGGCAUGGGAUAAAGAGCUCUGUGAGUUUUUUGAAAUUCCAAUGGAAAUUCUUCCAGAUGCCCGGAGUUCUUCUGAGAUCUAUGGUCUCAUGAAAGCUGGGUCCUUGGAAGGUGUGCCAAUAUCUGGGUGUUUGGGGGACCAGUCGGCUGCACUGGUGGGGCAGAUGUGCUUCCGGGAUGGUCAAGCCAAAAACACCUAUGGAACAGGAUGUUUCUUACUGUGUAACACAGGCCGCAAGUGUGUGUUUUCUGAGCAUGGCCUUCUGACCACAGUGGCUUACAAGCUUGGUAGAGACAAACCAGUGUACUAUGCAUUAGAAGGUUCUGUAGCUAUAGCUGGUGCUGUUAUUCAAUGGCUAAAAGACAAUCUUGGAAUCAUUAAGUGCUCAGAAGAAAUUGAACAACUUGCUAAAGAAGUAGGUACAUCUUAUGGCUGCUACUUAGUCCCAGCAUUUUCAGGGUUAUAUGCACCUUAUUGGGAGCCCAGUGCAAGAGGGAUAAUCUGUGGACUCACCCAGUUCACCAACAAAUGCCAUAUUGCGUUUGCUGCAUUAGAAGCCGUUUGUUUCCAAACCCGAGAGAUUCUGGAUGCCAUGAAUCGUGACUGUGGAAUCCCACUCAGUCACUUGCAGGUCGAUGGAGGAAUGACCAGCAACAAAAUUCUGAUGCAGCUGCAAGCAAACAUUCUGUCUAUUCCAGUAGUCAAACCCUCCAUGCCCGAAACAACUGCCCUGGGAGCGGCCAUGGCAGCAGGGGCUGCAGAAGGAGUUGGUGUUUGGAGUCUUGAACCGGAGGAUUUAUCAGCUGUAACGACGGAGAGGUUUGAACCUCAGAUCAAUGCUGAGGAAAGUGAAGUUCAUUAUUCUAUGUGGAAGAAGGCAGUGAUGAAAUCAAUGGGUUGGGUGACGAUGCAGUCGCCAGCAUGUGGUGACCCUAGUAUUUUCUGUAGUCUGUCCUUGAGUUUUUUUAUACUGACUAGCAUGGUAAUGUUAAUUGGAGCAAGGUACAUCGCAGGUAUCCCAUAA